AUGGUCAUUGAUCAGAUGAACCCGGUUCUAUACAAAGCACUGGUGGAAGGCAAUGUUGAAGAUUACAAAGCAGUGAUGCCGGAAGAAGCUCGCCGGCGUCAAGUUACGCCAAAGGGCAAUACUGUACUGCACGUUGCAGCGAUCCAUGGUCACAAAGAUUUGGUGGAAGAGAUCCUAAAAGAAGUAGAGGAUGAUUAUGAUGCAGCCAUGUCGGCCCUGUUGUUUGCGAAGAACAGGAGAAAUGAAAGUGUGCUACACUGUGCAGCAGAGAAGGGCUAUGACGGCGUAGUCUCUGUCAUCUUCAGCGCUAUUAAUAAGAAGCCUAGAGGAGAUGUGGAAUCUGGAGCAGUUGGUCGAGUGAGGGAGAUGAUAGAGAUGAUGGAUGAUGUGAAAGACACGGCUUUGCACAAGGCCGUGCGAAUGGGGUAUUUGAAGGUGGUAAAGUUAUUGAUUGAAGAGGAUCCUGAAUUUGAGUACACUGCCAACGACGCUGGGGAAACGCCCAUUUACAUAGCAGCAGAGUCGCAAUUUAGCGAUUGUUUGGAAGAAAUGCUCAACACAUGUAGAAAACCUACUUAUGGUGGGCCAUUUCGGCGAAAUGCCCUUCACGGAGCAAUAUUAUCAAGUAUAUCUGAUGGUGCACUAUCAGAAACGGAAAAGUCUCAGCUAAGUUUUGGCUCUAUACACAUGGAUACAACAGCUAUUUAUGACGGCGCAAUAACACCGGUGGGAGGAUCAAUUCGGGCUAUGCUGAAUGUUCUCAAGUCUUCUAUCGAACGCUUACAUGGAAACGACGGUAAAACUUUGUAUAACGUCGAAUAG